AUGAGGCCAAUAUUGAUGCUUCUACAAUCACAGUGUCUUCUGUGUGCAUUUGUUGGUGUGUGGGUGCUAGGAACGCUGGGCUCGCUGCCUCAAGCUCUCCCAUGGCACGUCCCCUGCCCUGGACGGUGUGUGUGUCACAUCAAGCCGUGGUUUUCAGCAGACUCAGUUUACCACGAAGCUCCCACUGUGGACUGCAAUGACCUGUUACUGAACUCCCUCCCGUGGCCCCUGCCCUUAAGCACACACACCUUGCACCUGCAGGGGAACAAUUUGUCAGAAAUGGACCUCGCUGUGCUACACGGGCUGCCGAACCUCACUGACCUUGACCUUUCACAGAACCACUUCGGCUGUGCCAAGGCGAUUGCACAAAACUUGUCUGUACCCUCUUUGUUGUCCCUACAUCUGGAGGAAAACCAUUUUAGCCACCUGCCGGGGGCCUCUUUCUCCUCACUGCUGGCUUUACAGGAGCUCUUUCUCAGCCAUAAUAACUUAUAUUCUAUCGCACCUGGAGCUUUCACUGGUCUGAAAUCUCUCCUGCGCCUGCACGUCAACAACAAUAGACUCACCACCAUCGAUCCAAGGUGGUUUGCAGACUUGCAGAACCUAGAGGUUCUUAUGCUUGGAGGAAACCCAGUAGAGACGCUCCCUGAGCAGGGCUUCUUAGCCUUGAGAUCCCUCCGCAGUCUUGUUCUUGGUAGCAUGGGCUUGAGAGGCUUAGCUGAUAAUGCGCUGGACGGGUUGGAAGGUUUGGAGAGCCUCUCUUUCUAUGAUAACAUGCUGAUCAAGGUUCCUACUCAGGCUCUGCGGAGGGUGAAAGGGCUGAAGUUUCUCGACCUUAACAAGAAUCGAAUAAAACUGAUCAAUACAGGAGACUUUAGAGACAUGGUCCAUCUAAAGGAGCUUGGCCUGAAUAACAUGGAGGAGCUAAUGUCCAUUGAGAGGGGAGCACUAGAGAACCUUCCGGAGCUCACCAAACUAGAGAUCACCAACAACCCACGACUGUCCUUCAUUCACCCACACGCUUUCAGGCAGCUGAGCAGGCUUGAGAGUCUCAUGCUUAACUCAAACUGUCUCAGUACUAUACACCGUCUCACAAUGAGCUCCCUGCCCAGACUCCAGGAAGUCAGCUUGCACUCCAACCCACUCCGCUGUGACUGCUUAUUUCAUUGGGCCGCACAGGAUGUCUCUAAACCUCACCACGACACAUCAAUGAGCAUCCAGCAAAUGUCUUGGGUGGUACGCUUCAUUCAACCCCAAGCAACCCUGUGCUCGGAACCCCCAGAACUGAAGACUCGCAGGGUGAGAGAGGUGUCCUCCAGGGAGAUGUCAGCCUCCUGCCUCCCAACAAUCCCCACCACUUCACUCCCUUCCAACAUGGGUGUCAGAGAAGGAGGGAAACUGAUUUUGCACUGUCGAGCUCUUGCAGAUCCACAGCCUCAAAUUUACUGGGUGACUCCCUCUGGGUUGAGACUUGGACCUGCUCCGAGCAACACAUCCGAGGGAGUUCCAGCUUCUUCUCUUACAGCCACUGAAGGAAUCACCUACUCAUCUGCUUCCAGCAUCUCCCCAAGCCAGGCUCCAGGUGAUUCCCCCAUCAAACACUACUGGCUCCUGCCUGAGGGAACUCUGGAGAUCAGAAAGGUCACCCACAGAGAGGCUGGCUUGUACACCUGCAUAGCUGAAAAUGUUCUGGGAGCCGAUACACGGAGCGUUUCUGUUACUGUGCAAAGCAGACAGAAGACAAGAAAGAAGGUGAUGGCUUCUAAAAUGAAGACCCAUUCAUUACUCAGAACUGAGACAAGGUUAAAGGUGCUGGAGGCUAGAGAACACUUUGCUAUAUUGUCCUGGCAGAAUAAGCGCAAUUUCCCUUCCACUCGUUUGUCCUGGCAAGCUAUCAGCUCAGACACACCCACAUACACCACACGCAUCCUUGCUGGAACACAUAGUUUCAACCUGACCCACCUGCAGGCAGAGACACUUUACAGAGUGUGUUUACAUUUAGGCAACAGUGAGGGUACAAAGCAUACCAGCAGGAGAAGCAAAGCAAGCAGAAAACCUCAGUGCAUCUCAUUCAGAACGAAGCAAGUGGUAGAGCCUCGGGCCAGCCUGCAGCUCAGCCCGGAGCUGGCACCCACUGUGGUGACACUUCUGAUGAUCCUUGUGCUCAUACUGAUGCUGCUGGGUGGGCAAGGAUGGGACAGGGGAAAGCACCCCAGUGCUCUUUUCCAGGAAAUCAAAAAUCAUCCAGCUGUGAUCAUCAUGCAGAAGAGAGGAGGAAGAAACAACAAACGGCCAAAGCAGAGUGAGAAACUUCUGUUUCAUCAUGACUGCUGAGCUCAUCGAAAAUACACAACAAACACACAAACGAGUACUAAUUGUCACUUUGUGAAGAGUCACAGUGAAGUAGGAAAGAUUUGUAUUUAUUUUAUAUAACAUAUGUACAGUAUAAUUGACAUAGUUUCUGUGUUGAGAAAAAUUGUAUAGAAUUCUUAAAUCCAAACCAGGUGGAUUUAAACUGGGGCUGCGCCACUCACAUGGUGCAGAGUGAGUGCAUCCAUCAAAUAUGAAUUACUGCUUAUUGCUGCUGGGCUGAAAAUAAAGACGAUCAGAUUCAGUCAAAGGACCAAUGUUUCCAGGAUGCUUGUUACAUUUCCUGUCUCAAUGUUUCACUGACUGAACCAUACUGUAACAAAGGAGAUGAAAGUCUGUCUGAAGACUGAUCCAAAAAGAAAAAGUGACUGCUUUUUUGUUCUCGUACGUCAAAGUGAUUGAUGCUUAGCGCUCAGUAUCAUGGAAAGCUGUACUUAUACAGGAUUCUCUGCCUAACAUACAAUAUCCUCUUUC